GUGUGCAGGUUCUUAUCGUUUGAUCGUUAGAUCAGUAGGGGCGAUUGUUUUGCACCUAUUGUAAUUGCUUAUUUAUGUUCGCAUCAGAUAAAAAUUAUUUAUGCAUGAUAUUAGCCGUAUCUGUCCAGUGAUCAUAUACCACUGGCACAGAGUCUUCAUUAAGUGGAAUUGAUAACUCUACAAGCAGUCUAUCGCUAUCACAUUCAUUCAACAAAUCUUCAGAAUUAUUCUUAGCAGAUGUCGGUAGGAAUUGCAGGCGAACCAACAAUGUGGCUAACUUAAUGACAUCUUCUUACUGUAACAAUACAGAGGAUAAUUUGAUCAGAGGAAGAUCAGCUUCUCCCGAGAAGUGCGUGCCGGGAGUCGAUUUAAACGGACGCUUUAAUCCUACCAAGGUGUAAGCUUUUCACUUGUUUUAGAAUUAUACGAUCGAUCCGGAAUGUUUUUUCUAAUUGCACUUGGAGGUUAUCUCCGCCCAUUUCACGUGCUGACAGACGGAAAAAAGUGUUGGAACUCACUACGGAGAUUUCAAAUAACAUUGCAUCAUAACGCCAAAAACUAUACCAGUGAAAGUCACGGCACAUUAUGAAUGAAAUUUUGUACAUUGAUGCAGAGGGGCAAGACAUGGCGAAAAAUUUAAGUGAUACGUCAAUGGUGACUGAAAAUGUUUUAAACUUGACCGCUUUGAUUGUACCCUUACCUGGCAAUGACUCAAACUCGAAUACAAGCAGAGGACCUCUUCUACCAGAAGAAUCUCUUACGGGAUUAAUGAUUCUAUACACACUUACAACUUUAUUGUCCAUAACAGGGAACAUUUUUGUAGUUCUGGUCUUCACCAAAGGUCGACAUUCACGGACAGAUCUUCGACCUUUCCUGAUCAACUUGGCGGUGGCUGAUUUAGUCAUGGCAUUCUUUUGCAUGCCCUUCACGUUUGCAGACACCAUUCUGGGACACUGGGUCUUCUAUAAGCCACUUUGUACUUUAGUACUUUUUGUUCAACUUUUCGCUGUUGCAGCCAGCGUAAUGACAAAUAUGGCCAUAGGAAUCGACAGAUUUCUGGUCGUUCUCUUUCCUUUAAGAUCUAGGGUAACUUAUUCACGUUCGAAAUACGUUAUAGGUGUGAUAUGGUUCUCAGCUUUUUCAUUAGCCUCUGUACAGUUUUUUGUCGGUAGGGCACAGAAAAGUGGAGACAUUUACAAAUGUAUUGAAGUUUGGCCAACUCCGGAAUCGAGGAAAAUUUAUACUGUGUGUCUUUUUUUGUGUACGUACAUCAUUCCUCUCUUUAUUCUAUCAAUAACAUAUUCUAUAGUGGGGAUUCUUUUGUGGAAAAGGACGGCCCCUGGGAAUAAAGACCAAACACGAGAUUUACACAGAUUGAGAUCGAAAAUUAAGAUUGUAAAAAUGUUAGUCAUAGUGGUAGCAGUAUUUGGAGUGUGUUGGCUACCUCUCCAUGUUUUUGCGAUGUUAGUGGACUUCUACGAUGGUUUCCUACAAUUUGAAAGUGAUCAGGAACAUAGGAUGGUUCUUAUCAUGUUUCUCUGUGUUCACUGGUUGGCCAUGUCAAACAGCUUUGCAAAUCCAAUAAUAUAUGGUUUCACGAAUGAAAAUUUUAGGAAGGACCUAGCAGUACUCUUUUAUAUGUGGUUCCCAUGUUGUGGCUGCUUAGUGAAAAUGCUACCAAGGACCACCAGUUCACAGUCACGUACAAAAGACAGUUUUAUCAUGCGGCAGCAAAGCACAAUGAAGCGUGGAUAUCGCCUUGGACCUGACUCUGUCUAUUCCAGACAUAACGAUAGAAUUCCUAGAUACUCCUCCAUUAGAAACAGUGUCAGGGACAGCAAAGAGAGCGGGUCGGACUAACAAUUUGUAUCCUAUUAACAUUUGAUCUUCUUUGAUAGUUUGCCAUAUGGUCAUCAUUUUGUUGCUGAACCUCAGUAGGAUCUUGUGUCUAAAUUAGAGAUCCUAUCAUAUCCAUAAAGAUUCUUUCUGAAACGAAAUGA